AUGUAUAUAAAAUUGGUCGGCUCGUCUCAUCCGUACAGACGAAAGCAAGCGCUCCUGUCGCUUACUCGGCUGCACACGCCUACCGCCAUGUACUCUAAAAUUACUUUUACGUUUACAACCCUGCUAUUUCUAGCAGCUAAAGGAAGUAGAGAUGACCCUGGACCACAAACUUUUGCUGCGUCACAACAGGAGCCACUCCCGUCAUCACCGCCGCCACUUCUUCAGUCGUCACCACAGCACCAAUUUGAAACAAGAGAAGUGAUCGUUUACUUAACUCCGACACAAAUAAGAGCUCUGCAAUCUGGACAAGGGGUCUUAGAACCAAUAUUGGAGCCCCAACCCCACCAAGAGGUACAACAACAAAAUCCUAAGUUGACUCAACUGCCCCAAAAUUAUUACGAUAACGACGAAGAAUUCAGAAAAGAACUGGAAAGGCAAAAGGCAUACAUUGAAACGCACCCCAAUAUUGCCGAAGCAAUUAGUGCUAUUCAGAAGCAAAAGAAUAAUACGCCACCACCAGUGAGAGAACCGUCUCGGGAAGAGCCCCAAGAGGAAUCUGCACAACUUCAAUGGAAUCCAGAUACGAACAAUCAGUACUAUGAUCCUGCUACAUUGCAAAUUCCAACAUCUGAUAAACCUGAAAGUAAUCAAUAUCAAAUUCCUAGUACAGAAAAACCAGAGAGUAACAAAUAUUUAGCUCUCACGCCUGAAAACCAAGAAAACUUGCUCCCUAACAGCUAUAAUUACUUCAGUAUUUAUAAUGAGAAGAAAGGUGAUAAUAUUAACAUAAAAAUUAUUCAUCCUGCGCCUGCUGAUAAACAAAGAAACGAAUUAGAAGGAAAAAGCACUCAAAAACCUGCUCCUAUAAUUAAAAAUUACAAGUUAAUCCCAUACGAAUAUCUAAACACGAAACAAUCAGGUUGGAGGCCAAUAAUAGAUCCAAAUCAAAGCCGAGUAACACAAAAGAAUACUGAACGCCAGUUGGGAGCUUUAUUUACUCCUGCCCAACCCGAAGAGCAACAACAACUUCAGAAAUCUGAUCAGGCUGAAGAGUUACUCAGACUGAAAUACGCAUCCAAGUUUAAUGAUCAUAAGCAGGCCAUUGAAAUUCAAAAUCUUAUUAGGCAACAAAAAGCUGAAGCUCAAAUUGAAGCCAUCGCUAAAUCUCCUCCCGUAGAAGUGCACCGGGAAGUUAGUGUAACAAAACACAAACCAGUCAAUAUUGUGAAACAUGUUCAGGUGCCAGUUCCGCAGCCCUACAUCGUUCGUGUUCCAGAACCUUUUGAAGUUAAGGUACCACAACCUUACCCUGUACCACUGGAAAUCAUAAGACCUGUGCCCGUGGAAGUUGUGAAGACUGAGAAAAUAGAAGUUGAAAAACCAGUUCCAUAUGAAGUCCAGAAACACGUAGAGGUACCUGUCACUAAGAAUGUCUACUUUAAAGUAGAUAAACCCUUUAUUGUUGAGAAGGUCGUUCCCGUUGAAGUAAGAAAAGAAAUACCCGUCCACAUUCCGAUCCAUAAACCUCAAAAACUUACAAUCCUUAGACAUAUCUGGGAACAUUAG